AUGGCACAAUGGCCUUCCAAGAAGUGCCUAUCCUGGGAGCUAGACUGGAUAUCGGGCCGGUAGUUAAUUCCUUCGGCGGCACAAAAUGCAAGCCAUUUUAAAGGGCCGGCCAAUUCCCUCGGGCUACAACCGUAGCGCUAAAGUAGGUCAGCGGACGAACUGUCUUGGGCCGCCGAAGAGAACUGGCCUACGGCACGAUAUCUAGUCUGGCUCCCAAAGAUGUCGGAGUCGGAGUUAAAAAAUGGUAGUCCGAAUUCUAAAACCCGACAGAGACUCCGGCCGUGGCUCAUAGACCAGAUCAACAGCGGCAGGGUCCCCAACCUACAGUGGGUGGACCAGGACAACGGAAUAUUCCGGAUCCCCUGGAAACACUUCGCCCGAGCAGACUAUAAGCAGGAUCGAGACUGCAUGUUGUUUAUGGAGUGGGCCAUCCACACCGGCAAGUUCCAUCCGGGACUUGACGAACCUGACCCCACGAGAUGGAAGGCCAACUUCAGGUGCGCCCUCAAUCAGAACAAGGACAUACUGCAGUUGGACCACCGCACCUACACAGGCAUCAACAGGAAGAACCCUUACAGAAUCUACCAGAUGAUCCCCGAGCAAUAUAUCAAUGAGGAGUACAACUUUGUAGCGGAAGUGGACGUCUUUAGCGACUACGACUCCGAAGACGACGAAGGCGACGGUCCCUGCGCAUGCGCCAACUGCCUGGGUGUCACCCCGAAACGCAGUAGUAAUAAGAAGUCAGCCCACCACUCGGGUGACGUCACAAAAGCUAAAAAGUCCCAACCGGCUGCCAUGACAGAGGUGACGUCACCAGAUGCGCCGUCACCGGAUGUGACGUCACCGGAUGCGACGUCACCGGAUGCUACGUCAUCAGAACCGAUGGAUUACGACAAACCAGAGGAUAUCGUAUCUUACGUUGAGGACUCGAAAGAAAAAGUGCGGCAAAUUCUGGCAGCUCAGAAAGAAUUCACAUGUCAAACCAGAUGACCGCAUGUGGCACUGGUAUACAGUUUUAUACCUUGGAUGUAUCAUAUUUCUAAGACUGUGAAAUUGCACUAACAAUAUCUCUUUCUUCUAUUUUUAUGAUGAACAGAAAACUGUUAAUGUCAAAGGAGAUUAUACAAAUAUCUAUGAUUGAGACCGUACAAUAUUGAAGGUCCUUUUGAAGAAAAGGAAUUAGAUUUUUAGAGGUUCAGUGAAGUUAAUUGCAGUGUUAACUUUGCCUGUACAAAAGCGCUUGGAAUGUCAACAUGUUAACAUAUUACGAAACUUCGAAAUUUGUUGAAUAUUUCUCAUUAAUUCUAAUUAAGAAGUUAAUGCUUAUCUCAGGGUCAGGAUAAUCCAAUGGCUUCUUUAAAAACCUUACAUAUCUGAAACUACAUAUCGGAGGCUAAAUGACAUGAUAUGUAAUUUUUUUCAAAAGUAACAUUCAGGGUUCACAACCAACGAUGUUUUUACGCAUUGUCAACAUUCAUGGGUAUUUAUUGUUAUAGGUGAAAACACUGUAAAAAGAUAGAAAAAAGAAAAAAACUGUCUGUUCCCCUGUUUAGGCUAGUAGUAUUGUGUUGUAGACUGAACAAAAUAUGUCGAGAUUGUCCCUAAAGCUUUCUUUCUGAAAUUCUGAUGUUUGAUUUCUAAUUUUUCCACCGCAGUAUUUGUGUAAGUGUGUAUUUAGUUAUAUCAUUAUGUGUAUUGGUUGAUCGCAAAUGUUCAUGUACUUGGUACAAACUUCGUCCAUAGAAUAAAGCAAUGUUUAUAUA